GGAAACGAGCAGAAAAGGAGGAGUGGCGUUCUACGGUGCCGCGCUACCUUGAAAACUUACUCAGGUGUGGGAGAAUUGAGGCGCGCACCAUGCAGCGGAAGAUGCAGCACGUCGAGGACCAAGUCGUGUUUCAGCUUAGGGCCAUCAAAGCAGCCGGCGGAGCACCUCUGUACGCCGACAGGCCGCCGACCUACGACGAAGCGCCGAGUGCAGAUACUGCCCGUCCACCGCAAAAAGAAGCGGAGGAGCUCUUCUGCGUCGAGUCUGGUGUUCAGAUUUUCUAUGUCUCCGUCGGAGGAGGAGUUGAGGAUACAUCCGAGCCCACAGAUCUCCAUGUGUACCGCUUGCCGGGCAGACAGGAUGCCAUAUUUCCCAACGAUAAAUCCCCACUCACGUGGCUACAAGUGGGCACAUGGAUUUACCCUUUAGUUCCGAAGAAGUCCCCGGCCCUUAGGUCAGGCUAUGGAGCCUAUCUCUUUCCCAACAUUGAUUCACCUUUAAAAGAAUUUGGGGCUUUUGUGGGGGUCCUGCUUCCUCCUGACCUGGCAUACAAGAUGGUCUCGCUUCUCGAGUCUCUCGUGGAAGAGCUCACUGCCCUGAAAAUGGAGGCCCUGACUGACCCAAGCAUCCUCCCAGAUUCUUUGAUGAGCCAGUUUCGUCGAUCUGCCCCCUUCAGCCUGCAGGUGUCUGAGGGCAUAGUAGCAGGCUCGGAGGCCCUGUCCUACGGCUUGACGAUGGGUGCCAUGCUGACUGGUGAGGCUCUCAAAAUGGGCGCAGCGCAGCUCAAGCAAUACCUCAAGCCAGACGCCCAGCCAGUUGUUGUGGACCCUAGAGUGAAGCAAGGGCUCGAGGUCCUGUGUACCGUCACGGGAUCAGUGCGCAGUGUCACAGAAUGUGUCGCGAACAAGGUGGGUGAGCUGGCGAUGACAGUGGCACAGAUGGUGGCCACGAAUGUGUCCGGUGACACUAGUGCGACUGGCGCACCAGAAGUGCCUUCCACAAGCAUGGACAAUGUGCAGAGCGCAAUCACCAUUGCCAAGGGGGGCCUACAAGGUUUGUCCACUGUGUACGUUGGCUUGGAAAAUGCAGCGAAGAUCUUGGCUACCAGCCUUGCCAGUGAGACCGUUGAGGUUAUUGGCCACAAGUACGGAACAGAUGCUGCACAAGUAGUGGACAGUGCCAUAAACUCUGUCGCCAAUGUCACGGUGGCCACAACCACAGCCCGCGGUUUAGGGUUGAAACGGAUUGCGAAACGCACUGCAAAAGAGACAGGAAAAGCAAUUCUUCAGGAAUAUGAGCAGCCUCGAGGUUCAAGGAAAUUUCCGUGAGAGUACAGCCGUAUGAAAAAAACCAAGAAAUGCAAAAGUCAUAUAAAAUGGUAUUGUUUUUCGUAGGCCUGCUUCGUCACAACUGCCAAGGAAAAAUGCAGCUCUUGCAGAAGUUAUCACAAUGUUUUUGUUUUAAGUUAGUUGCACAGGAAAUUGUCAUUUGCCUUGUAGUUCUCGUUGAGUUCCUUGAGAAGCAUACAUGAAAUGUCUACGCAGUGCAUUAGACUAUUGUUGCACAAGUUUUGCUUGUGUCUGUUAAAGCUUAAUGCCACACACAAUUUGGGAUGUGGCUUUUAGUCCUCCUUGUGUUGUUGCUUCACAUCUGCCCUUCAACUGAAACAAAAGGAAUCUCGAGAAGCACAAAGCAUUUCAGAGAUUACCAAAUGGACGAGGAUGACCAAAUGGACUUUUGGCCCAUCCACUCUCGCUCCUGGGGUGUACUAGUACUUGCAUAAAAAGAAGUGAUGUGCUUUAAUUAUGGAGUAAUAUGUGUAUAUUGUAUUUAACAAAUACAAAUGGUUAUUUCAAGCGAAAUGACAGAGCGUGCUGUUGUACAGAUGUAUUUCUAAAAAUAAACAUUAUUUCAACUUAGU